AUGUCAGGAAAGGCAGUAAGAGCUCCUGCGCCAGCUGCUCAGCCCGCUGGAGGUGCUGAACAACCAGCUGGAAACAAUGACAAGUACUGGGGAAUCGCUCGUUCUGUGGCCAUGUUCUUCGCUGCACAAUUGGCUAUGAAAUAUGGAAUGCAACACAUGGGCAUGGGUGGAAACAAAGCACCUUCUCCUUCUCUUCCCACUCCAGCCGACAAUGUCGAUGGAAUAUCCUCUACUCCCAAUGCUAUUCCUCUUGCAUCAGUAGCAGCUGUUCCCGCUUGGGAUAUCGGUACACCCCUCUCGAUGCUCUUGUAUACUUCCACUUCACCAUCAGGAAGCGAUAUCAACCUUGACCAUCCUCUCAUUCAAUGGGACGGUUUGACUUAUGGAGGAUGGAAAGAUGAACGAGAGGCAGACCUGGUUUUGGAUGUACCCGAAAGCGUCUGGAAAAAUAACGGUAGUUGGUAUAUGGAUGUGAUCCUUGUGAAAGGUGGUGGUUCACCAAAAGGCAAAGAUUUCCAAAAUCUCUCUUCUUAUAGAAAACAACUCACUCGAUUCUUCGCCAAGAAAAGGGUCAGAAAGGAAAAGAAACUUAUUGGUAAUAAAGACGAUGUUGAAGAAAUAGAAGAAGAACAACCGAUCGAUACAUCUGCUCCUCCUGUCGUCGCUCAUUGGUCUAACAACUUGACCUUGACUAUCAUCGCAUCUGGAGGAGAAGUAAAUCCAUCUCAAUUAUCACCUGUUGCGCAACCAUAUUAUACUUUCCUCCCUUCCACCAGUGGAGAAGUUAAAGGUAAAGUAUAUCCACCACCUAUCUAUCCCAAUGAUUUCUGGAUAAUGAAAGAAAACCUUUAUGCGAUCAAUGAAACAACCAAAACAUUACCUUUACAUGUGACAUAUUCCGCCAUCUCAUCAAUGAAGUUCAAUAUCUUCUCAGCUAUGACAGCCUCUUUCGAACAAGCUGCUCAACAACAAGGUGGUGGUGGAGCAGAAUUUGAUGAAAUCAAAAGAACUCUUACAGAAACAAGUCCUUGGUUGCUCAUCACUACUGCUAUUGUCACUCUUUUGCAUACCGUAUUCGAAUUCUUGGCUUUCUCAAGUGAUGUUUCUCAUUGGAGAAAAAAGGAUAGAGAUUUAGUUGGAGUUUCACUCAACACUAUUUUGACUAAUUGUUUCGUUCAAUUGGUUAUCUUACUUUAUCUUCAAGAUAGUUCAGAAGAAACUAGUUUCAUGAUUCUGUUCGGUCAAGGAAUCGGUCUUCUGAUCGAGGCUUGGAAGAUUACCAAAGUUACCAACGUUCGAAUACGACCUGCUCCUACUUCAAUCUUCGGUUACUCUUUACAAUUCGAGGACAAACGACAAUUAUCCGAGGAUGAGAAGAAGACUCAAGAAUAUGAUGCUCUUGCGUUCAAACUUGUUUCGUACGCUGCUAUCCCUUUAUUAGCAGGCUACACAGUCUAUUCUCUACUUUACCAAACUCAUCGAGGAUGGUACUCUUUCAUCGUUUCCACACUCGCUCAAGCUAUCUAUACCUUCGGUUUCGUUCAAUUGGUCCCUCAAUUGAUCAUCAACUACAAGCUCAAGAGUGUCGCUCACAUGCCAAUGAAAGCUAUGAUGUACAAGACUUUAUCAACUGUCGUUGAUGAUUUCUUCGCAUUCUGCAUUCGAAUGCCAUGGUUGCACAGAUUAGCAUGUUUCCGAGACGACGUUGUUUUCCUUAUCUUGAUCUACCAAAGGUGGAUUUACAGAGUCGAUUACUCCCGUGUCAAUGAGUAUGGUCAAGUCAACGAAGGUAUGGUUGAAGACGUUGGUGUGCCCGGAGAGAAGGAGGGAGUCAAAGAGACUAAGAAGACUAAGUGA